AGGCGUGCAAGAUGGCUGUGAAGAAAGACAGGAAGCCUAAGAAGUCAACCUGGAAGUUUAAUUUGGACCUUACUCAUCCAGUAGAAGAUGGAAUUUUUGAUUCUGGAAAUUUUGAACAGUUUCUACGGGAGAAGGUUAAAGUGAAUGGAAAAACUGGAAAUCUUGGGAAUGUUGUUCACAUUGAAUGCUUCAAGAAUAAAAUCACAGUUGUUUCUGAGAAACAGUUCUCUAAAAGGUAUUUGAAAUACCUUACCAAGAAAUACCUUAAAAAGAACAAUCUUCGUGAUUGGCUUCGUGUGGUUGCAUCUGACAAGGAGACUUACGAACUUCGUUACUUCCAGAUUAGUCAAGAUGAAGAUGGAUCCGAGUCUGAGGACUAGAUGAAGCCAGCCCUUUCAGGGCUUUGCUUGCUAAUAAAACAAAUGAAGUAUACAAGAGAAACAUCUUGAAAUGGACCUUUAGUUUAUCAAUGAAUAAAAAACAUUGUAUGUUAAGCAUUCAUCUCUUUGUUUUAAGUGUAUGCUGUUUAUAUGGUGCUGGCUUUCCUUUAUUUUUUAAAAAAAUUUUUAUUGGAGUAUA